AUGGCUCCAACAACAACAGCAGCCCAGCAAUCCGACAAUGUCGCUCACGCUCUCAGCGGAGCUGGUGGAGGCAUACUAUCCAUGGCACUCACGUAUCCUCUGAUUACACUUUCAACCCGGGCCCAGGUCGAAUCCAAACGUGCUUCUUCGAAUUUCCUCGAAGCCGUUCAACACAUUAUCGCGAGAGAAGGCAUCACCGGUCUCUACGCUGGACUGGAUUCUGCGCUUUUCGGCAUCAGCGUCACCAAUUUCGUGUACUAUUAUUGGUACGAAUGGACUCGGUCUGGAUUCGAAAAGGCUGCGAUCACAGCUGGAAGGGCAAGCAAGAAGCUGACAACAGUGGAGAGCAUGAUUGCCGGUGCCAUUGCAGGAUCUGCAACCGUCUUGUUGACGAAUCCUAUCUGGGUCGUUAACACACGUAUGACGACAAGAAAGAGAAAUAAAGAGACAGACGAGAGUCUAAUUCCAGGAGCCAAGGCACAAAAGGCACCUACAACUGUAGGCACGCUGCUGGCAUUGAUCAAGGAAGAAGGGCCACAGGCAUUAUUCUCUGGGGUUGUACCUGCCUUGGUGCUUGUCAUCAAUCCCAUCCUCCAAUACACUAUAUUUGAGCAAUUGAAGAACACUUUGGAGAAAAAGAGGAGAAUCACACCGACGGUUGCAUUCUUACUAGGUGCCCUCGGUAAACUUUUUGCCACAAGCAUUACCUACCCAUACAUUACGGUAAAGAGCCGUAUGCAUGUUGCAGGUAGAGAUGGCGGUAAGGAGAACAUGUUGGAUGGCAUGCGAAGAAUUGUCAAAGAGGAGGGUUACACCGGUUUCUACAAAGGAAUUGGUCCUAAGGUGACACAAAGUGUCCUUACAGCGGCCUUCUUAUUUGCCUUCAAGGAUGUACUCUAUGAACAAACCAUAAGGCUGAGAAGAAAAAUACCUGCAAAAGCUCUUGCUUAG